AUUGAUGGCGGCAUGUGAUGCACAUUACCGCUUCACAAUGGUGGACAUUGGUGCUUACGGUCGUGAAAGUGAUGGAGGCAUCUUUAAAGAGAGCGAGUUUGGCUCCAAAAUCCUUAAUGGAACCCUGGGUCUGCCAAUGCCAGCUAUCCUGCCGGGCACCAACAUUGUGAGCCCCUAUACUUUUGUCGGAGAUGCGGCUUUCCCACUACACACAAACCUGAUGCGACCAUAUCCUGGAAAAAACCUCACUCUGGAACAACAGGUAUACAACUACCGCCAUUCCCGUUCCAGAAGAAUCAUUGAGAAUGCUUUUGGUAUUUUGGCAUCACGGUGGAGGAUCUUUGGUCGGCCCAUUGACUGCAGCACAACAAACACUGUGCACAUUGUAAAGGCUUGCGUGGCGUUGCACAAUUUUUUGGCCCACACAGACAAAGACAAUCCAUGCAACAACCGAUACAUUCCUGUUAACUAUGCAGACAGUACAAAUGCAACAGGGGAUACUGUUUUGGGAGACUGGAGACGCAUUGUGGAUGGUGACAAUAACCUUCUUGACCCACAGCAACUCUCUGCAGGACGAGCUACACGAGCGGCCAUUCUGACCAGAAACAAUCUUGCCAUGUUUUUUCAAUCAACACAAGGCAGUCUACCAUGGCAAGGACGAGUGGUAGCAAGAGGACUGCUAAACCCUCAGUGACAUUAAAAACUUUGUGACAUUGAUAAUGAAGAGAUCACAUUUCAAAUUUUCAUUUUGUACAUAUAAUUUUUUGUUCUAUGCAAAGAAAUGUUUCGCUACUCGAUUAUAGC